UUCAGAUCGAGUAGUAACGCCAGUUUAGUCGUCUCCAUUUUUGCCCCUUCCUUGCGCAGCACCUUCUUCACACCGCGUUCUGGCGUCGCCAGGCGUCGUAGUUGAAGAAGUAUUCUCGCCUCACAAAGAAGAAGCAUUCAUGAGACAAGAUUAAGGGAAGGAAGAAGCAAUAACGACAAACGCUAUUACAUUACUAUUGUAUGGUGCAACGCGAAACGAGGUUCCUCCAUCGUCGAUCUCUCCAUCGCCGAUUCCAACCUUCAAGUAGUCAAGUUCGUAUUUAAGCAGGCGUUACCGACAAGUAAACAAAAAUGGAUCUCGGGGAAGCAAAAAUGUGCAGGCUCUGCGGCCAAUAUGAGAGAAUUUGCAUCGACGUGUUCGGCGCGGAGGGCCUCAAACGCUACCUGGGCCCUAAAAUUCGCAGGAGAAUCAACAUCCAGAUAGAUGAGACGGAUCCUCUGCCCAAGGCGAUCUGUGUUCAGUGUCUGGGCAAGCUCGAAUUCGUUUGCGACUUUCAAGAGGAGUGUCUGCGCACCCAACAGGUGUUACGCGAUCAGUACAAUCUACCGCCCUUAACAGAGCCUGCAGAGGUAAAGAACGAAGAAUCAACGUCGCCGGCGAGCACGUCGUCAUUGGAUAAUAACAACAGUAUAGAAAAAAACCUUAAUUGCACGAAAAGCAGGCAGGGCAAAGACAGCCUGGGCAGCAAGAACCUGACAGUGCAGAGAAAGAGAAGCGCGGCCUCAAAAACGCAGAGAACUCGCAACAACAAGCAGCAACAAUCUUCCAAGUGCAGCGAUGAAGUUAGUACAGAGAAAAAUAUAUCGGGCACCAAUCAAACUAUAGAAGCGUCGCCGACUCGCUGGCUGAGAAGCAGACAGAGCGCGGACUUGUCGUCCGACGAGAAGAUUUCGAUCGCGAACAGAUUAAGGAGUCACGGCGCAGCAGAAAAUAACGCGAGCGUUCGUUCUGUGGACAAUAACAGCAGCGGUGAGAACACAGACAAGGAGAAUUCGAAAGAGGAGCAGCAGCAGCAGCAGCAGCAGGAUUCCUUAUCAACGAUUCAGCUGCCGACCUUCGCAUUGAACAAAUUAUUGACGAUUGUCUCCGGCUCGCCCGACACCGAGGUCUCCGUGAAGGAGACGAAAACCCGAAGUAACGACGCGGAAGACAUCAGCUUCACUGUAGAACUGUCGAAAAAACAGAACGACGACGUGUCGGCAGUGCGAGCGCGAGUGUUUCCCGAUCAAGGCUACUCUCUGGUCGACAUGGCGAUCACGGAUCUGCUGCGGGAUGAGAACAACGUGGAGGUGAACGGUAUUAUCAACGACAUUCUCAGCAACGCGUCCACGAAGAACAACGGCGCGACGAUGGAGGACCUGGCGGAGCUGGAACAACGGUUGGAAGCCACGCAGAAUCCGGAGGAACUGUUCAAGAUCGACGGCGAGGAGAUCAAGGUGGACGACAACGUGGAGCACGUGGUGAAUGACUCGCAGAACGGUUACGCGUGCAAGCUCUGCCUCAAGUUCUACGAGCGCCGUGACAAGUGCACGGUGCACGUGAAGACGCACCUCGGCAUCAGGCAGUUCACGUGUGUCGUCUGCAACGCCAAGUUUGUCUGCAAGUCCGACGUGAUGAAGCACAUACGAUGCUCGCAUACCAAUCCCAGGCCUAUACAGUGUCCGAAGUGUCCGAAGCGAUUCAAAUCCAAGUUUUACCUGGCCGAGCACGACAACGUUCACAAAGGCGUGAGACCGUACAGUUGCACGGAUUGCAAACAGAGCUAUCAUCACAAAGUCUCGCUGCAGAUCCACAUGAAGUCGCACCUGCCGCCGCAGAAUCUCGCCUGCGAGUACUGCGGCAAAGUGUUCCCGUUUCGCACGCGACUACUCGGCCACAUCGCGAGCGUACACAUGAAGAAGCGACGGAAUUUCCGUUGCCGCUUCUGCUACAAUCUCUAUUCCAGUCUGUCGGUGUUGAACGAGCACAUCAAGACACGUCACGCGACCACAUAUACGUGCGAUGUGUGCGGCAAGACCUUUAAGGUCGCUUCCAAGCACAAGGCGCACGUGCUGCAGCAUUCCAAUCCCAAGCCGUUUGUAUGCGACGUCUGCAACAAUCGUUACGCGUCCAAGGCGUUUCUCAAUGAGCACCUGUUGAAGCACAAGGGUUUGCGCAAGCACGUCUGCCAGGAGUGCGGCGCGAGUUUCGCGCAAGCGAGCCACUUAGCCGCGCAUCGCCACGUGCACGGCGAGAAGGUGCACGCGUGUCCAGAAUGCGGGAAGAAAUUUAAUCGUCGCGACAACAUGAAGGUGCAUCAGAAGCGGCACGAGGAGAGAGGCACUGGCGUCAUCGGCAAGCAGAAGGCUACAACUAACGACUUAAACGACUCCGCUGCGUCCCCUAAUGAGAAAUAGUAACGACUGGCAGUGAUAAGAAAAUUAUCACUGAAGAAAUCAGAGAAGACAAUAAUCCAUAGGAUUUAUAAAUAAAUUGGACCAGAAGAUUGAAAAACGGAACUUCCGAGAAUAGAUAGCAAGAAUAUUAUAGAAGAUUGCUCAAGAUUAAUAACAUUUGUAUAGAGUGCAUGCACAGAGUUUUUCAGUAUUAUAGGUAAAACUGGCUAACAAAAGAAAAGGAGAAUUUUUAAAAUACUCUUACGUAUUUGGACCGAUUUCAUUAAUCAGUUACCAGUUUAACGAAGUAGUUAAGCUUUUACGUAUAAUUCUGAAACAUUUUGAAUAUUUGGUGCUUCGACGAAUUUCCGAGAUAUCGUUCCUUAUCGCUCUGACGCUUAGCAAUAAUAUUAGUAAAAUGUUUCUUCCUAUUUCCUUAAAUUUUAAUAUUUUAUAUUCCAUUGACUUUUUCAUUUUUUACUGAGAUUUGCAUUACAAUCUUUCCUCGCAGUUUCGCGACUUCUUUCUUUUUCUUUGAGUCAUUACGAUUGCAGGAAGUAUUAAAACGUCCUUCUCACGUCUUUCCGAUUUGAUGUUUAUAGUAAAUAUCAAUCUCCAUACCUAGAAAUGUGAUGUAUAGUUUAUAAAAGUGUCUUUUUUUUUUUAAACAUUUUUCUUCUGAAUAUAGAAUAUUCUCUGGAGAACUGUUUAUCAUAUCUUGUAAUAUAGACAAUACGGCCAAAAGUAUAAUUACUUGAAUAAUCAUGUAGUUUUGUUACAAAUUUUACGAGUCAAUGUGUGUGAGAGUGCGAUGUACGAAGGGCUUCCAAGAUCAAUAAUCUCACACAACAAAAUACAUGACGACAGAAAUAUUUUCUACACGUCUUUACAUGUGUUGUGUUCAUAGAGAGAGAGAGACACUGCGACGAUUCGUACGUAUCCGAUAUCUUUUGGAGUAUAUUUUAUAAUAAAAGUAAGAAUCUGCUAAAUAAUAAUAAUAAUGGGCAAAAUACACUUGUAAACUGUACAUACAUAUGUACUUUGCUCAACACUAAUUACCAUACUAUGCGACGAAAGUAUAGUUCAAGUGCCUUGAUACAAGUCUGCGAUGUAAUAAAUCGAUUUGUGAAGAAAAAACAGCUAUAAUUAAUAGAAAGUGCAUUUUAAACGAUAAUUGGUUUUAGAAUAAACGACAACAGCAAGAAUGCGUAUUUUAAGUUACAAAUUACGGAAUGGAAGGAAGCUGUUUACUAUGCGAUUAUCACAGAAAAGCGCUAUGUAAAAGAUAUUAUAAUUAGAUACUUAUUAUUAACUGUACUUUCUUUAGUUAAAACGAUAAGCAAUACGAGCUAUUUUGUACGUAUAUACAUACUUAGAAAUUAAUGUCACUUCUUUGACAAAGAUGUCCAUUAAUUACAUUUAACGGAUACAAGUGACGCAUAUAUACAUAUAUGUAGGAUUAAUUUCUAUAACAAGAAACUUGUUUAACAAUUCCACCGUUGCCUCAAUAAAUCUGAUAUUUUUGGGACGCCUU